AAACUGGGUGUGUGAAAAUGGCAAGUGCACCACGCUUUGCUGGAUUAUAAAGAUCUCUUUUAUAUUUCAUUUGUUGUUGUUUUUUUUUACAUUACGGAUGAAGAUAAGCAAGCUGGGAACCUCUGCUCAAUAACAAACACGUUUGGGUGUCGGGCAAGAAAGACAAGGCAAAGGCUCCCCUAAUGAGGACUCCCUCCUCACAGUCCUCUGUGAUUUUACAAGCAACCACAUGGAAAACCGGCGCUGUCAGCAUCUUCCACAACCCAACGGCCAGGCAGGAGAGGCCCCAGCUGGAGCACGGUCAUCUGAAUGUGAGUCCCCACUGCUGUCCGGAGCCACCUCCCUCAUUUCCCUCACCCAAACAGAGGAGCUCUUUGAUCUGAUAGCCAGCUCACAGAGCCGACGACUGGAUGACCAGAGGGCCAGUAUAGGAGAUCGGCUGGGUAUCACAAUAGCACAGAACAACAUUGGCCCACUUUGUGAAGCCUGUAAUCCACAGGAGCUCAGUGAUGAUUUCUUUAACAUGCUCAUAAAAUAUCAGUCCUCCCGGAUCAAUGACCAGAGGUGCUCACUGCCUCCAGUUCCAGAUCCAGAUGAAGACUUUUUCAGUCUCAUUCAAAGAGUACAGGCUAAACGAAUGGAUGAACAGCGCGUCUCCUUCCAUCCUGAUGAGAAUGAUGCCACAGACUCUGAACCCAACCAGUCCAAGUCCAAGCCAACCAGUUAGAAAUUACAGCAAUUAAGAGUGACUUCUGCAGCCAUGUUUAAGCACUGACAUUGACAAGCUUGUCCUGGUAUAGAUCUCUAUACCAAAGUCUGGGCAGACAUUGUUGGAACUAGCUGACCUUCCUACUGGCCCAGAUUUGUGGCUCGAAAUCUGGAAUAUUCUUUCUCAAUAUUAGAGCAUCACUGCAAAGCACAUUUUAAUGUCUUCUCUCCUCCAAUUAUAUCUAGAUGAACCCAUUAAUUCAUUAACAGGUCCUUGUGCCCUAACAUGGCCUGUUUCAUAUGUAUAAAAAAAUGUUACAGGAGAAAACACUCAAGUGUGUAAAGAAAAUCUUAGAAAACACUUCUAGGAAACAGGCCUAAAUAUUAUUAGACCACUAGACUAUGUUGUGUGAAGGAAUGGGGGAAAAGAAUAUACUCUGCAUAUAUGUUUGUUCGGAUUCCAAUUCAACAAACCACCAUGGCAAAUUAAUGCAUUAAUCAUUUUAAUAGUAAUUCAACUAACCGUCAGUGUCACAGCAACUGUCACUCGUUUCAUUUUCAGUUCAAGUGGAAAAUAAUAUCCCACCACAUCUGAAUAUGAAUCUGUUGGUUUCUAGCUGAUAGGAGUGAUGCACCUAGCAAACGGUAACUUAUCAAUGGGACCUUUUUGGGUCAUUUGUCUUGAUAAAAAUGAAAAACAUUAAAGAAAUGAAAACACCACUUUAACUACAGAAACACACUCCAACCCAAAAACUAUUCAACUGAGCUUGAAUUAUGUUUUUAAGUAAAGAUUUUGUAUGUUCAAUAUUAGAACAUGUUAAUUGUCUCUUAAAAUUAAUCACAUAACAUUGACCUGUUUCAGUAAAUAAAUGAGUGUUUUAGUA